CACAAUGCCCAUUACUCAGGAGAACGCCAUGUUUCAUUUCGUUCUUCUCCACCGAUGGCUGGAAGACAAUUUAAAUAUGGAAAGCAAUGGACCGGAGAAGGCUCUGCACUUUUCCGCGGUUCAAAAGCUAAAGGAAUACAUUCAGCUGAACUUCAUCCUGGACGAAGUUAUCCCAGAUUACCCCAGCUCGAGGGUAGACAUGGAAAUCUGCACAGUUUACCUAACCAAAGAGUGCCAUGGUGAUGAAGUUCUUGGUCUCUCUUUUGGAAAUAUUCCUAUUUUUGGGCAUUGUGGCGAAAAACGCAGGGAAGGAAAAAAAAGGAAAGUGCAGAAUGGGCCGGUGCUUGAUGUUGGAUGUAUCUGGAUAACAGACGUGAAAAGGCAGAGCCCUGCUGCAGCGUGCGGGAAGAUGAAACUUCGAGAUGAAAUUCUGUCGUUGAACGGACAGCUAAUGGUUGGCGUUGACGUCGGUGGGGCAAGUUACCUGGCUGAGCAGUGCUGGAAUGGCGGAUUUAUCUACCUGAUCAUGUUGCGCCGCAUUAAACGCAAAGCUCCUCUUCCUCCGUCAAAUGGCAGCCACGGCUCCACCUGUGAACCCAAAGCAAGUUCUACCUCACAGCAAAGUGUCAGAACAACACAAAAUGGAAAAAGAACCAGGAAAUUUGGGGUCAUCUCAAGGACUUCAGCUAAAGAAAGCAAUGAAACCAAAGGCACCCAGGAGGCCAUUCAUGAAAAUGGACAUCAGAUACCUAUGGACAUUGAUGGCUCCCAUUCUUGUGAUGAGGCUAUGGGAGGAGAUGACUCAAGAAAUACACAAUCAUACCACUGUGAAGAAGAUGAGCCUCGUAGACACCAUGUUACGAAGGUGGGAAGGACCAUGUCCAAGCCAUGUGAGAGUUCACCAAAGCGUGAUGGUUGUUGCAUUUGGAAGAUGCACAUGUUAAAGGGACCUAAAGGGUUGGGAAUCCAGAUUACCGGAGGCCGAGGCUCUAAAAGGUCCCCUCAUGGAAUCGUUGUUGCCCAUGUAGAAGAAGGUGGAUCUGCUGACAGGGAUGGCAGAUUAAAGGCUGGGGACGAGUUACUAAUGAUUAAUGGCCAGUCUCUGGUUGGACUCUCUCACCAAGAAGCCGUGGCUAUUCUCCGGGCGACAGCGGGACUUGUUCAGCUUGUUGUUGCCAGCAGGGAUGGCAACGAGGUGGAUUUCUUGAAGUACCCAUCUACGAGUUUGCCUGAUUUAGUGAGCGCCUGCGCAGCCCAGGAUGUCUGUCCUUCCACUGACAACAAGGAAAACGUAGAACCAGACGGAGAAGAUGACAAAGAGUGCCAUGAGCCUUCUUCAGGACCAGCAGCUGUGACUGCAAGUGACGAACUGCCAGAAAAGACCCCCACAGAAGGGUGCCGGAACAUUUGCCGGAGUCCCACGCUGGGCAACAGUCUUCUCAAGUACAGAAGUCGAUCUCAAGGCAGCGGCAGUCGCUUGCAGUCUGUGGGUGAAGAUGAUGAGCUGUCGGUGGGAAAUGGAGACCCCUAUAUUGACAAAGGAGAUAAAUUAUGUCGCGGGGGCCGGAAACAUUCUCUCCCACAGCAGCUGGAGUCCAGACAGGACUACAACAUUGUGAAGAAAACGACGAGGUCUUUAAGCACGGUGCAGGUGGAGUCCCCCUGGAGACUGGCUCAGCCAUCUAUCAUCUCUAAUAUUGUCUUGAUGAAAGGCCAGGGGAAGGGUCUCGGGUUCAGCAUUGUCGGAGGACAGGAUUCUGCCCGCGGGCGGAUGGGAAUCUUUGUGAAGACAAUUUUUCCUAAUGGCGCUGCCGCUGGCGAUGGAAGACUAAAGGAAGGGGAUGAAAUCCUAGAGGUUAACGGGGAGUCCUUACAAGGCCUGACGCACCAAGAGGCUAUUCACAAAUUCAAGCAACUUAAGAAAGGAGUAGUGACGCUGACAGUGCGAACCCGGCUGCGCAGCCCCAGCCUCACGCCCUGUGCUACUCCCACGUUAAUGAGCCGCUCCAGUUCCCCAAACUCAAACGUGGGCGCCGGGACGUCCGUGUCUGCCUCCGACGACGGCGACUCUUCUACCGCGUGUCGCAAGGGGCCUGGCCCCAAAGACCGCAUUAUUAUGGAAGUAACUCUAAAUAAAGAACCCGCGGUUGGUUUAGGUAUCGGCGCUUGCUGCCUUACACUCGAGAACAGCUUCCCAGGAAUCUACAUCCACAGCCUCGCUCCAGGAUCAGCGGCCAAAAUGGACGGGAGACUUAGCCGCGGUGACCAGAUUCUAGAGGCUGACUCGGUGAGUCUACGCCAUGCUGCCCUGAGCGAAGCCUAUGCUAUCUUGAGUGAGUGCGGUCCUGGCCCUGUGAGCCUCAUCAUAAGCCGUCACCCAAACCCAAAGGUGUCCGAGCAAGAAAUGGAUGAGGCCAUCUCUCGUACGACCCAUCGAGAAAGCAAGGAUUCAGGGUCUUCGCAGAUCCUAGGUCUCCAUACGAAGAGUCCGUCUCCUACUGUGAAGCCGAAACAAGGAGAAGGGUCCUCUCUCAGCUGGACAAUGAAGCGUUUCCUGGAGCCCACCAGUCGGCAGGGAUCCGUGAGCUCGGAAGCAGAACUGUCUCAGUACUUUUCUCAAGACCCCCCCACCCAAUCCUCGUUCUCCGACACCAGCGCGACCGGCUCGAGUGAUGAGAUGCAGCUGCGGCCGAGAGCUGGAAGGAACUCUCUGGAUGAUGCCGCUCUUCUUUUGAGCGGUGCGAAGAAAGGAGCUGCGGGAGGGAGUAGCGCGUCGCCCUCGCAGAGAAAUGGAAGUAAUCACAGUCCGAGUAGCAAGCACAUGGUUGCCAGCAGACAGUCUAGUCUUAAUGGGAGCCCGCAGUCCAUACGCAGCCCUCUCCUUCGCCAGAAACGAAUCCACUGCUACGAAGAUGAAGAUGCCAGCGAUGACGACGACUUCAAAAAGGACGAAAGGCCUUUUGACGGCAGUAAGAAGAAACAUGCCGAUCAGGAUUCUGGGAUUGUCAUGACGACUUCCUCUUUGGAUGUUGAUGAGGAAAUCCAGGAGAACGAACAGUCUAAAAUCAGUGCUGGGGAGUCGGCGCUGUCACUCUGCGGAAGCUCCGUGGAGUCUGAAGACAGCUCUAUGGAGCAGAUGGUGGACUCUCCCUACUUUGCCAUUAAGUCCUUUGAGUACUGUGCAAAGAACGAAGUACGUCCUAGUAGUUUGGGAAUCAAGGAUCCUCCGGAAGGGCAGUCGGAGAACAAGAGGUCCCCGAAACUGGAGCACAAGGCUGUCACCCGCGUGAAGAGUAUGAUGAGCACCGAAGGCCAAAAUACUCCAAAACCAAAGUGCGAAGAGAAUAGGCCAGCGGCCAAGCAAGCAAAAUGCGCUCAACACGUAAAAAAACCCGACGGGACAGAAAGCCUGGAAAAAUGGAGCACGGAGACUGUGAAGCUGUUCUGUGGGGAUUAUGAAUCUUUGGGACUGGACCUGGAAAUCAAAGAUACUCCCUCGAGGGUUACGAUAACUGGAUUACGGCCAGGAGGAGACGCAGGCAAAGAAUCUAUGGGAAAGCUGAGCAUCGGGGACGAGAUUAUAUCAAUCAAUGGUGUCCAAGUGAGCAGCAUGUCGUAUGAGGAAACCUGCGGUUAUGUCCAGUGUUUACCCUCAUCCGUCACACUGGAAGUCCGGAAGCCGCUGUCAGCUGUUGACAGAUUGUCGCACAUAAUGAUGGCAUCGGGGGCCGAUGCGAACAAAGGUUGCGAAGAACGAGAAACUUCCGUACAGAGAUACGAACGAUGUCCCGAUGACCAUGAAAUCACGGCAGCCGAUUCUCCCACAGUCGACUCCACCGUGGGGUCCAAGGAAGUACAAACAAAAAGUCUGCCAAACAUCCAUUGUUCUGAACUUGGUGACUGUGAUGGAAACCAAGUGACGAAUAUUGAUGAUUUGAUUAACGAGGAGCAACAUUCCAGGAUUCAUUGCAGUGGUCUCGUUAGUGUGGGACAAGUAAGCCAAUUCAAGGACUUAGAAGCCACACAGCAAAUGAGAGCUGCUGCAUUUACAAGCGAAGGCUUCGGUAAUGUUGCUACUGAUGCGGUCAGCAAAAAAGACCAAGACGAGAGCUUUCUGCGAUUUUCCGUUUUGGAUUCUGUUCAGAUGGAAAAGAAAUUUGCCGUCAACAAAAGCAGCUUGGGCAAUUACUCUCGGAAUUUCAGCAGCACGGCAGAAGAUGACUUCUCCUUGUCAGACCAGAUUGGGAGCGGUUCAGCUGAUCUGCCAAAUUAUAUGUAUGAGGCUGUGGAGGACUCUGACACUGAAUCUUUACUGGAGAUCCCUUCGGAUUCCACGAGCGACAUGAUCUCAUCUCUUCAAAACUAUUCACAUGUGUCCGAAACGCAGGCCACCACAGAUUCUGAGGACGAGCAGAUUGAAAUAUGUUGCGCUAAAGAUGAUUUUAAGAUUCAGAACAAUACGAGUCCGUUCGCUUCGCAACAAUGUCCUGGUGACCCUAGCAAAGCAAAAACAGAGGUGGCGUCUUUGUGUUGGGAAAAUACUAAUUCUUGUCUGGUCUCUGGGGAUCAGGAACCAAAGGGAAACGCUGUGGAUAGAGCGCAAUCAGAGGUUUCUCCGAUGGUACAAUGUAAUGAUCCACAAGAACAGCUAAUAACACUCAGUAACGGUGUGAGUGCCUUAAAAACCGAAGACUGCAUGAAACUGGAAGUAGACGACAACAAGGACAAUUCUAGUAGUCAAAUUGUGCCUUUUUGCAAGGAUGCUGGGGUCAAAAGUGCAUUAGGGUCUUUCAAGGCUGAGCCAAAAGAAGCUGUGUCCGUGUCACAAAGUAAAUGUGACAGCCAAAGUAACGAUCCUUCUUGUCCGACCGAGAAUAACAAAUGCGACCGUAAGAGUGGUGUAGGAACGGACACAACUUCUCAGGAAUUUCCCGGUGCCGCAGCUAAAAUUCCCACCAAGAACUGCCAUACUUCUACACCCAACGAAAAAAGCUUGCAUGGUAAAACCGAGACAAAAACUAUAAAACCCCCAUCAACAAAGAGUUCUGCCGUGGAGAAAUACGGAGCUUCGUCGAAGCUGCACGGAGAUAACAAGAGAACAUUAAGCAAUAGUUUUGAUAUGCUGACAACUCAGGUGCCUAAAGCUGGCCCCAGGCUGAAAGGCCUUACUAUUAAAAGUAAAAACAGGACAAACUGUGACGCGGCUAAAAAUGUCAGCGGAAAAACUGAAGUUGACAGCUGCCGUAAAUCAUCUCCGCAGCCUUCUCCUAAACUUCUUCCAAAGAGGUCUUCUGUGAUGGAGAUGGCUUCCACCAAAGACCUUAAUAAAAGUACUGUUUUUUCAAAGACCCCCGAACAUGACGUAAGGCACAAAACGAUGCGUUCUUUACCAAAGGCUGGACCCGCAUCAAAAAUAAGUUCCAGCCGCAGUCCAGGUGUAAAUGCUACCAGCGGCGGAAAUGAUAAAUGCAGUCAACAUUCUGCUGGGUCGACAAACCAACUUCCAGAUACAAUCAGCAAAGGGAAUGGAGUGAUUGAAGGAAGUUCCAACAUGGAUGUGGAUGAAAUCAUAGAUAGUAAAAUUACAAAGUCUAGAGAGGUUACCCAAACCACCAAAGCAACAGGUACUGUCGCAGACCACUUUUCAAACAGUGACUCAAGCAGGUCUACUGGAGAAGUUUCAAUGCCCAAAAAUGGAUUACAAUCCAGGUCCUCUCUUUCUCUUCAUGGUGGACAACUGGAUAACCAUGAUAUUCAAAGAACCUUUAUGGAGGUAAAACUGUCUUCCUCAUCAUCAUCAUCAUCUCCAUCUCACCAUUCCCCUAAAAUUACCUCUGACAACACCAAGACCAACACUCAGGUCAGUGACUUAUCUCCUAAGCUCCCACAGGAUGCUCUUAGUUUGGAGAAACCAAUUAACUCCCCUAAGCCGGUGACGAGGACAUUUUCAAUGCCAACACAAUUUACGAGUUUCAUGGGUCAACAUUAUGCAGGGGUAACAGACGGCCCUACUGAUGACUAUCUACAUUUUGAGGCACCAGGGCACAAUAUGGAUGACAGCAAUUGUAAUAUCGCAUCGCUGUGUAAUCAAGAUUCAAGUUUGAAGGCGAUGGGAGAUUUCCAAAAAACAUCUGAGGCUCCACAAGAAAAGAACUACCUUCGAAGUGAAACAUUAAGAUCUAUUAGAAGAAACUAUUACUACGAACUUAACUGGCCACGAGAAGCUGCGUCCGCUCUGACUGUGAAGCAGAGAAUCAAAUCCUUUGAAAACCUGGCAAAUUUUGAUAAAAGCGUCAUUAAGAUUAUUGAUAUUAAUAACUAUUCUUUCAGCUCUAAACCUCCUGUAUGUAGAAGAUCUUCUGGUUCUGUCGUCUCGAGCACAAACCCAAAUGACACGCCUAAGGUUUUGAGGCGCAGUUUAAGCUCUUGCUGUGAGGGACAAAGUGAUACAACUUUACCGUCACAAAUCAAGAAAUCCCCGUCGAGCGUGGCCUUAACAUUCACCGAAAAAAUUAUUGAGGAUAGUUCUAAAGAGACACCGGCGAAUGAGAAAAGUAGGACCGACAAGAAAGAAAAUAUACAGCAGACCGUGCAGAUUAGAAAGAACAAGAAUUCUUCUAGCCACAUAAGGCAGUUCUCGUUGUCUCGCUCAAAGCUGCGUGAAUUAAGGGCGUUGAGCAUGCCAGACCUCGACAAACUGUGCGGCGAGGAUUUCUCGAGUGAAGGCAAUGCCCCUCAUUACAAAACAGAACUUGAGAUUACACCAAAAAGAUUGGUUGCCACCCAAACCGCGCAUGAUCAGAGUGGCCUUUCCAAGGGUAACCAGUUAAGUUCUAAAGACCAUAAUGGUGUGGCUGAACUGGCAUCGGAUGCCGACGUCAAAGAAGAAGGACAUCUGUCAAGAAAACUUUGGUCAGUAAGCUUGGAUCAUCUUAUCGUCUCGACGAGGGACCAGCAAAAGCUGCAGGCUGUUUUGACUUCUGUAUCAUCCAAAUCAGAUAUCAUAACCCUCAUUCAAGAAGCAAAAGCACAAGCGGAGAGGAAAGAAGAUGUUUACUUUGUGGUGCUGAAUAAGGAAGAAGGUGCUGGGUUGGGAUUUAGUGUCGCCGGAGGUACUGACCUGGAGCAGAAGUCCAUAAGUGUACACAGAGUGUUUUCCACGGCAACAUCAUCGCAAGAAGUCAUCAUCGAGAGAGGAGACAGAGUCUUGUCUAUCAAUGGCUGCUCGCUGCAUGGCUGUGCCCACGGAGGAGCUUUGAGCGCGCUGCACAGGGCUAAGCCGCACCGAGAAGCGGUCGUCGUGAUCAAAAAGGAGAGCGGUGGAGAGACGCCGCCCCGACUAGAUAUGUCUGCGACUAGAGGAAGACAUUCAACAUCUGGUCGGAAUGUCUCCAUGGCGACAGAACCAGGAAGCAUCGAUCUGAGUGACGUGAUUUGUGUAGAACUUCAGAAGACAUCUGCCGGGCUGGGGUUCAGUCUGGACGGGGGGAAGGCCUCAAUUUAUGGAGACAGACCGCUAUUUAUCAAAAGACUCUUUAAAGGUGGCGCUGCUGAGCAGGCAGGGAGGAUAGAAGCUGGCGAUGAAGUUGUUGCGAUUGGGGGGAAGCCUUUGGUUGGUCUCAUGCACUACGAUGCCUGGAAUAUCAUUAAAGCUGUACCCGAGGGGCCUGUGCAGCUAUUAAUCAGAAAGCACAGGACUGCUGUGUGAUAUCUGGCUUCCAUGCACUUUGUAGCCGACGCGUUUCGCUUGGGACUGCCUUUGAAUGCCAGUGGAGUGACAAUCUGGUUUAUAGAACGUUACAAGGUCAGCUUGUUUGCCGCAGUGACUCGAUUAGCGAGACAAUCGUGAAACUACACAUUUUUUAUCAGGAUUCCUUUUUUUAAUACAUGGUCAUCGCUGCUUGGGCUGAUGAUAAUGGGAUUUUUUAAUGCGGAGCAUGCAAGACUCGGAAUUCAUCACAAAACAAAAAAUUAGCAUCCAAAGCCUAUCGUGAACUCUUUACAAAAAAGCACAAAAAU